CGAGGCGAGCCAUGGAACCGGAAGAGGAGCGGGUGGCUUGGAGAGAAACGGAGAUGCAGGUGGAUCUGCAGAUCUGGGAGGAAUGCAAAGCGGCCAUGCAACAAGCGAACGAGGAAAAAGUUCCCACGGUGAGGGUUCCUAAGCGGAGAAAGCACGGCGUAGCUUUGUGUCGGCAUCAGUUAUGGGAGGACGGUGCAAAGGGUGGGAUCGACCCUAUGCAAGUUGAUCAGGGCGAUUGGAUGUUCGUUAAAACCCCCAUAGAGGAGUCACGAGGCAAAAGGGCCAUGGGGGGCCAGGAAGAGCAAAGGAAGGCGGAGUAUACCGCAGCCCAGUCUGUAGCCCUGAAGACAGCUGAUCAAGGGGAAAGGAUGGACCAGGGGGAGCAACCAGCCGCGCCAGCGGAGGUUCGGGGUUUGGAGGACCAAGGAGUUGCGCACGACCAUAGGGCUGAGCAAGAGGACUCACAGUUCUCCAUGAUGUACGGCAUACCCAGGGAGGGGUUAGGAAGGGGGGGUCAAGCCCGGGGGGCAGAUGAGGAGGUUUUGGACGACCUCGACGUGGCCAAGAAUGCAGACUUUACAACUCCCGGUGGGGGAACAAUUGGACGGACAGAGAAGAGCCCUCCCCCUACGCCUUGUUACCAGGUCAAGCAAGAGCCGGCGGACACUAUGGGUAUGCUCGGGGAAGGGGUGGGAUUGGAAGUUAAUAUCUCGGGGAGAGCAGAAGAAGUUGGCGACAACGGAGGAGAAGGGAACAACCCGCCGGCACCCGGAGGGCAGAACGGCAGCCCUCAGCCUUGCACACUUGAGGAGCAUCUGGGCGCCGACGAUCAGGAGGGUGAGGAGGAGUCAGCUGGUGUAGCAAAGCAAUUGCAGUCACUAAGGAGUGGGGAAAACGCGGGGAAGGCGCAGGCCCAGGAUGGGGAAGGGGCACAGGGUAGGGCAGAGAUGGACAGGGCAGGGCUCAACCCCGAGGAAGCUAUGGACGCACCUCUGAGCGCCUUGGCAGUGAAUGCCAGGAGGGAGACCGUAACCUUCAAUCUAUCGGAUAUUUUGAAGGCAGGCGAAGUCUAUGCAUGCCCCCUGGUGUUGUGGUGGUCGCCAGAUGGGGUGAAACUGCUGAUGAGAGGCAAGACAGAGGUGCCGGUGGUCAAGGCGUUCACCCUUCCACAAGUCCCCGAGGUCAUGGAUCAAGUUCGGAAAUGGCUGGGAACUGGUUAUGAAGUAGUUGAAUUGCCACAUAUCUCUGCAUCACGUCUUAUUCGGCGCACAGAUAGCGCUUCCGAUUACGCUAUCAUGACCUUCUUCCUGGCUGCGACCCCCAUAAAAUCGGGUCGGCCUCGUAUGCGACUAAGAGGCGCACGAUGGGUGGACUUUGCGGAAAUACAGGGGCCUGCAGCACACCCUGGGGACUUCCAUGUCAUCCAUGAGGCUUCACUGGGUAUUUUGGAAAGCAUCGAAGGUAAGCUCCCGCAGGAGGAGCGGUUUGAUUCCCCACACUUCAAGGAGGGAAAGGGACUAUGGGACAGGGAGGGUUAGGUAGCGGGUAUUUUUUUCCGGGACGUUGCUGGUUCAGCAACACCCCCCCCCCAGCAGCAAAAAAAGAUUACGAGUAUGAUUUUCCCGAGUACUGGGUGCCUUAGGGUAUGGUAGGUAAUCGAGUCACAACAUCAAGCACACCAGCGGACAGGGCAGGAAUAUGUGGAAAGGUUGGCGGCCCUGGAUAAAGGGCCCGGAGACAU